CAGGGAGUGAACAGACACUGUUGAUCUUUUCUCUUUGCGGAGGCAUGAAAACAGCUGCUGCACCUGCGGUCCAGCCUCAGGUUUCCUUUGGGGAGGUGGCCGUGUAUUUCACGGAGGCAGAGUGGGCACUGCUGGAUCCAGACCAAAGAGCUCUCUAUGAGGAUGUCAUGCUGGAGAACUAUGGGAACGUGGCCUGUCUGGCUGCAGACAUAGAGGAGACAGCUGGGGGAUUUCAGCAGUUCUCUGUGGAAAAAGCCAAGGAUGAAGACUCCAAAGGAAACUUCGGGGAUGGAGAUGGACCACAGAGACAGGAGGGAAGCCUUGCAGACAACAGAAGGGAUAAGCCCGUUCUGUCCCAUGGAGGAGGCUUCUAUGAAAUCCCAGUUGAAGAAGAAACAUCAAGCAAAACAAGAAGGAACAAAGACCUCCAUUCUAACCAGAGAAUCCACUCCAGGGAAAAUAAAAAUGAAAGUUUGGCGUUUGGAAAGAUCUUCAGGGAGAAUAUCAGUCUUAUUUCCAAGGAGCAAAUUCCCUCAGCAGAGAAACCAUAUGAUUGCAUGAAGGGUGGAAGGACCUUCAGUCGGGAAUUAGCACUCGCUUCUCAUCAAAGAAUUCACUCAGCAGGGGACAAGCAGUGGAAUGAGGGGAAUGAGGAACUACAUCAGCUAUUGCCAGGAAACUGGAAGGACGAAUAUUUGAAAGGCAGCAUUAGGAAUCAAGGCAGAACAAAGAGGCAGAAAGGAAGUCACAUGGUCGAGAUGAGCACUCUUCAAGGGCAUCAAAGAACUCACACAGGGGACAAACCUUUUGAAUGCUCAGAGUGUGGAAAAAAUUUCAGUCAGAGUAGCACCCUUAAAAAGCAUGAAAGAACUCACACAGGAGAGAUGCCUUUUGAAUGCUCAGAGCAUGGAAAGAGAUUCAGUCGGAGUAGCCAUCUUCAAGUCCAUCAAGGCACUCACACAGGGGAGAGACCUUUUGAAUGCUCAGAGUGUGGAAAGAGAUUCAGUCACAGUAGCACUCUUCAAGUUCAUCGAAGAACUCACACAGGAGAGAGACCUUUUGAAUGCUCAGAGUGUGGAAAGAGAUUUAGUCAGAGUAGCACUCUUAAAAAGCAUGAAAGAACUCACGCAAAAGAGUGGCCUUUUGAAUGCUCAGAGUGUGGAAAGAGAUUUUGUCAGAGUAGCUCUCUUAAAGUGCAUGAAAGGAGUCACACAAAAGAGAGGAGUCUCUUGCAGCCCUUGAACGCGCAGCUGUUAAAAAGUUUCUUGCAACCCUUGAAUGCACAGCUGUGCAAAGAGGCCGAAUUAUUCUGGGGCAAUGUCUUUGCAAACGAGUUGCAUUCAGAGGGGACGGAGUCUGCAGAGGGGCCCCCCUUCCUUCACUCCGGUGGGCAAAGCCCCGAGCAGAGAGCAAAGAGCUGA